GAAAAGACGGCAUAAACUCCGUGAGCCCACCGUCACUUUCAUCCGUUUGAAACCCCAACGUUCCUAUUUCUCUCUUUUCAAAACACCUCAACGAGGCAACAAAGUAAACAACUAAUCAUCUCUCUUCUUCUUCUUCCUCUCAAGUAUCGAAACCGAAACAGAGAAACAUCACCACCAAUGGGAUGUUUUAUGGGUUGUUUCGGUCUCUCUUCCAACAAAAAACGCAGAAAUUCCAUUAGGAAGAUCCUUCCUCGAGAUCAAAGAAUCUGUAGCUAUGAGCCGCUGCUUUCUUCAGAUCCGACAGAUUUCAGUACUGUUUCAGAUAACCCUGAAAAGAUCUCAAAUUCGAACCUCAGGAGUGAGGUAGGGGAGGAGGAGGAGAAGAAGAAGGUGACUAAGAAGACGAGGAAGAGAGUCAGAUUUGACUUGAAUGUACAAACCUAUGAACCUAUUGUACCUUCAAGAUAUGAGAAUGCUUGCAGUGAUGAUGAAGAGGGGAAAGGAGGAAGAAGCAAGGGAUCUUCGGCUAUAGAUAAGAAACCAGAGGAUCUAAGCAGUAGAUCUGUGUAUCCUUCAAACUAUAGAUACCACAACUGUGUGGAUAGUUUUGAGGAUGAAGAUGAUGAAAUGGGUUAUGGAGAGAGUGAUUUGGAAGAUGAAGACUAUUACACCGAUAAUGAAAACGACUAUGAAGAUGAUGCUGAUGAUGAAGAUGAAGAAGAAGAAGAAGAGAAUGAGCAGGACGUGGCUCCUCUUUUGAAUCCAGUGGAGAAUCUUGCUCAGUGGAAAGCGGUUAAAGCAAGGCCAGUGAAAGUUAAACGGGUAAUGAAAGAGAAUGUUGAAGAGGAUAUGGAUGAUCAAGCAAAACCACUACUGAAGGAGAUAAUCGUUAAUACUAGCCUUUCCAAUUGGUUGGCCUCACCAAAGAGUCUUCAUGCGAAUGGUUCAUCGAAGAGAUCCCCAAUUGUGGAUAUCACCAACAUGGAGAACAGGUAAAGGUUUCACAGUGGUUAACAAGAAGGAAGAAGAAGAAAAACUGUGUUUUGUUUGUUUGUCUUUGUAGCAUUUCUGAUUCUUUGUGUGUGUAUGGAUGGAGGUUUGUAUUUGUUUUCCCUUUUAGGGCUAUUCUUCCCACUGGUUGUUUCUGCAACUACAUCUUGAUACAAGUUGUGAUCUUUCAACUUUUUUGGAUCAAGUACUAUAAGAAGAAGAGAAAAAAUAAUAAAUUGCUGCAUAUUAUACUUACAACUUAACAAGUGUGUAUGUUCGAGAAACAGAUACAUAGUUUACUAUCAAAACACUGUCAAAUCAAACAGCACUCGAUGAUCUUCGCUUUGAAGAUCAGCCUCUAUUGAACAAUACAGCAAUAAUAAUCUAUAUACUCACUCUUGUCACUGAGAUGAGACAAUCUGAUAUAGCUUAUGAGUCUAAAUCCCUUGUUUGGACUGGCUUCUUGUCAGAAGUCACCUUAGCAUAAAAAUCAGACAGUUACAUGAUUGUGAUGCCCAAUCGCUCAAGUUCUCGUUUGUCUGUCCUCACAAAAACUGAUGGCUGAAAAGAAGUCAGAUUACAAGGACGAGCUCAUUGUUAAACUCCAUGUUAAUGGUGGUUGAUUGCGGAU